UUGGCAUCCAGGUGGGCCUUUGCGAGUGGAGGAGGAGGAAGAGGAGGUCGCCGCGGCUCGGGCCGGCCGCCGCCGAGUGCGAGGCUGGAUGGAUCUGUUCGGGGACCUUCCCGAGGCGGCCCCUUCGGCAGCUGUGGAGGCGGCGGCAGGGAAAGAAGGGCAGAAAGGAAUUUUGCUUUUUGAUGAACUUCCGUCAGUCAGCAGCACUGACUUUGGAACUGGAGGCUCUUUGCUUUUUGACGACCUCCCACCUGCCAGCAGCGGAAACUCAGCCUCACAUCCUGCAGAGCAAGUUUCUCUUCCCGUGAGCCAUGGGAAGGGAGAGAAGAGGAAAUCCACAGAGGGAGAGAAGAAUGGGAGUGAAGAACUUGUGGAAAAGAAAGUUUGUAAAGAUUCUGCAGGUAUCCUUGGUCUGAAGGGCUACGUGGCAGAGAGGAAAGGAGAGCGAGAAGAGAUGCAGGAUGCCCAUGUCAUUCUGAAUGAUAUCACAGAAGAGUGCAGCCCCCUCCCCUCUCAGAUUACCCGUGUCUCAUACUUUGCUGUCUUUGAUGGCCACGGAGGAGUUCGAGCUUCAAAGUAUGCAGCACAGAACCUGCAUCAAAACCUGAUCAGAAAAUUCCCUAAAGGAGAUGUGCCCAGUGUUGAGAAAACAAUAAGAAGAUGCCUUCUGGACACCUUCAAAUACACAGAUGAGGAGUUUCUCAAGCAGGCUUCCAGCCAGAAACCUGCCUGGAAGGAUGGCUCCACAGCAACCUGUGUGCUGGUGAUUGAUAAUACUUUGUAUAUUGCCAACCUUGGAGACAGCAGGGCGCUUCUGUGUCGCUACAAUGAAGAAAGUCAGAAAUAUACAGCCUUAAGUCUCAGUAAAGAACAUAACCCAACUCAAUACGACGAGCGGAUGAGGAUCCAAAAGGCUGGAGGGAAUGUCAGGGAAGGACGUGUCUUGGGUGUCCUGGAAGUCUCUCGCUCCAUUGGGGAUGGGCAGUACAAGCGCUUUGGGGUCAUCUCUGUGCCAGAUGUCAAGCGCUGCCAGCUUACACACAACGACAGGUUUAUCCUCUUGGCUUGUGAUGGUCUCUUCAAAGUCUUCUCACCAGAUGAAGCUGUGAACUUCAUUAUGUCUUGUUUGGAGGACAAAACGAUUCCCACGAGAGAUGCCAAAUCAGCUGCUGAUGCUCGGUAUGAAGCAGCCUGUAACAGACUGGCCAACAAGGCUGUGCAGCGAGGCUCUGCAGAUAACGUCACAGUUGUGGUGGUCCGGAUUGAGCAGUGAUGCCGAGAAUAGGUGCAAGUGAGGUCCUUAGCAGCAUGCAGUGGAUUUAAUGGAACAAGUUAGUGUGCCUGUGAGUGUGUAUGUAGGGUUUCGGUUGUGUUUCCUCCCCGAAUGCUCUUAUUUGUAAAUAAAAGGGUUUUUUUUCUAACUCUUCAAGUUGGUUCAUUGUUUCAUAGAAUCACAAUUGGAUGGAAUGGGGCCGUCUAAUUCACCGAGUGAACUUCUUAGAUAAAAUAAUGUACAGUUGAUGCUCAUAGUGCUUGAAUUGCACAAGGCACCUUGUUUUUUGUAUUCCAGCACCUUAAGCACAAAAUACAUGCCUUUUGUGUUGGUUACGCAGAGGAAGGAAAUGAUGUAUUGAGCUUCAUGAGUUAAAAGAUGCUCCAGAUUUCAAAACAGUUCAAUACAGCUUGAGAGAACUAACUAUGCAUUCGUAGUUGCCUUUCAGGAAUUUCCCUUUCAGGCAGUUGUAAUAAUCCAUCUGGAGUUUUAAAAAGCGGCUGUAAAUUUUGCAUGGAAAUUGCUAAAAGAGGAUCAUGCAGGAAAAUUUUUGGGGUGUGAUCUCACACCAAAACCCACUGGAUUGCUCGCUGCACCUCUUUAGAGGGGAUACUCUUGCUGUUGGCAAAAGGUAGGUAUCAAAAGCUAAACUUUAAAAGAUGAAAAGCUGGUAUGUACCUUGGUUGUCAUCUGUCAAUAGAAAGUAAAGGUUGUGCACACUUGUACCAGUAUACUCACUCCUGAGUAAAUGGGAAUACACCAGGCUCUUCGUAGUAGAAUCUACAUCUGCUAUGUGAUCAGAUGGGGAUAGAAAAGUAAGCCACACUUUUGUGAUGCUGAGACUUGUAUGUGACGUUUUUGGGAGGAGGGGUCUAAUAUUUUUCAUAGCAAAUAAGGGCUAUGUCAUUAUGAG